GGAGGAGGAGGAUGAUGACCGAGAAACAACACAAAGGUUUUAUGUGCAGACAAGGAGUCUAAGGAGCAAAAAGAAACAAGAGUAUGAUGAAGACGAGGCCGAACAGCCAACGAAAAAGAAGAUCAAACGGGAAAAGUCAAACACGAAAGAGGAAAAGACAAAGAAAGGGGAAAGGAGGAACACAAAGACAACAGAAAAGGCAAAGAUCCAGUGGAAGCAACAGAAAUGCACUCUAAGUGCUUUCUGGAGAUUGAUUGACACAUAUAGAGAGAAAAUACCUAAAGGGGCUUGGGAUAUUUUGAGUACUACUGUAUUUUGGGGGAUGAUCAGACCAUUCUAUGAGAAGAAGCUUACAGAAACUCAGCUCCACAAACAUGAGGCCGACUUGGAGAUUAUACUGAAGUACUUUGAUGUUAAAAAAGCCAAGUUUGUGUUUGGGGAGACAGAAAUGGAAAUAACAUUGCAGGACAUAAAUGAAUUGUUUGACCUGCCAACAACUGGUAUUGAAUGGGACCUGAGCAAGAAGGUGCUCAAGGAGGAACGGAAGGCAUCUUCGAUAUUUGACGUCAACAUGAGGAAAGAAACAGUAAUAAAACCUGAUCUGGAAAACAAACUCAGCAAGGAGCUCGGCAAGAAGAAGAACGCUGAUCCUAAGAUAAUUGCGGCACUGCUUAUCAUGUACCUCUUCAAUGCAUUCUUCUUCAGCAGGACAUCGACAACCUUGACAUGGGACCUCAUCAACGCUUGUGAAGACAUAGAUAACAUAAACAGUUUCAAUUGGGCCAAGAUGGUACUAGAUUUUCUGCUGGAUGGCCUUCAGAGGUACCGAAAAGAUCAUCCAACGACUCUUUCUGGCUGCAUCAUUCUCAUAUAUUACUGGUUCUUGGAGAAGACCAAGAUCAGAAACUGGAUUCCAGGAAUGGAGGAUGAGAAACCGAGAUUUGUGAGGUGGUCGAUAAAGGAGCUGUUCAACCUGCAGAAGCUCCAUCAGAAUCCAGACUGGCCAGAGGAGUUGAUAAAAGAAGGGCCUUGGUUAGAACAUUGCUACAUCAACUUGUCGGAUACGGAGGAGGAGCAAGAAACACCAAGUUUCAACAACUGGGUUCCCCAAGCGAGCCAAGACGAGGAAGAGGAGACCAUAAGGCUUACUGGUAACAUGAAAGUUCUGCUAAAAGAAAUGGAUAGAGUGAUUGAAGACAAUGGUGAAAAACAGGAAAUGGAGAAGCAAAUGAAGAAACUAUUGGAAGCAAAUGAGGGGCUUGCAAACCAUAUUAGGGAGCUUUGGAAAAAGGUUACUGUUGCUGAUGAGAAAAUUGAGAGUAUGGAGAAAAAAAUGACUGAGGUGAUGCAGGAAAACAGAUCGCACCAGAACCACAUAAAAGCUCUGAAGAAAUGUUUGGCGAAAGGAACCAGCAGGAACCCUGACCUGAAAAGCAGUGAGCAACAAAAUAAUCAACAACAGAUGGUGCAGGUGUCGACCGAGAAAGAUCACAGGAGGGAAUCUACGGGGAACUUUGCAGAAUAUGACACUCAAACACCAGUCAACGAAGAACCAAGGGCAGCAGAUCCAAUUAAUGCAUCUCCAAUAUCUUACAAGAGUCCAGAACGGGAAGUGAUUGAGGAUACACAUUUGGUCACACUAAAUGAGAUGGAAUCAGAAAAAAUAGAUCAACUUGUGUCGAAAAUACUGGAAGCAGCUGAGACGGUUGAAAUGCCUGAGGGAGGAACAGAAAUGGCAGUACCAUCGGUCCCCAGGGAGAAGAAAACGGUUGACAUGCAUUCAAUCGAGAGGAAUGUGAAAGUAAAAAAGAGAAAGGCAGCUGUGAAGGACAAGGACGAUGACUUUGAGUAUGACACACCGGAGAUCCUGAAGACUUAUGAAAAGAAAAGAAAGACUGCUGCACAGGAACAGCCAAAGCAGAAAAAGAAAGCACAACCGAAGCCGCCAACAAAAAUUCAGAAAGGAAAAGAAGUGCAGCACCAAAUACAAAUAAAAGAGGUGAAUUGUGAGAAGUACACAUGGAAAACAUUAAAGCCUGAACUAGCAAGACACUACCAGCAAUUCUUUGAGAUGGUGGAUGACAAUACAUAUGUCUACUGGAGCAGUGAAAAUGGAAUACUAGGGGUAACCAGGGGAGACAUGAAGAUUAUCGUAGAAGAGAAAGAUCUGGAUGUUAAUGUGGUCAAGGCUUACACUGAAAUAUUGCAGAAGGAAAUGAAAGAAACGAACACUCAGAUUGGAUUACUAAACAUCGAAGCAGCGUUUUACGCAGUUCAACACGAAAAGAAACUAGCGGAUUUCAAAAAGAAGGUUAAGCACAUAAGGAGGUUCAUACACGACGUGAAGGUGACAGGGACAAUAUUUCCAGGUGACAGCCAGGAUCAAGAGAACACAAGAGAGAAGUGCAAAGGUGAGGACAGUAAAGGAGAACUUGUCACUGAGGUUGAAGAAAUGACACCAAGAGAGAAAGAGGUCAGAAGGUGGAUCUUGGAUAAUCAAAUCGGGGAAAAUGACUAUGAGCUUGUAGAAGACUUGAACUGCCCUCAGCAGAAAUCCUGUUCGGAUGACUGUGGGCCAUUUAUGAUCCAUUUCAUGGAAAGCAUAGUUCACGGAGUGCAACCCAGCAAGAAGAAAGGCAAUGACAUGAGGAAAACAAUUCUUGAGAGGUUUGCAAAGGAGGAAAGUGCUUGGAGCGUCGAAAAAUACCUUGCUGAAACUGCAGAUGCUGUAGGAGAGCCAAAAAAAUAGAAAAUGAAUAUUUUAAGUAGUUACUUUCUGUUGAACUUACUUUGAUUUGGAAUAAUUUCGGAUGAUUUGACAUCUUUUCAAUUUAAUUUCUGUCAACUUGAAAGAA